GUAGUGAAGAAUUUUUUUCAGUUUGUUUAUGCUCUCUUUUUAUUUCUAUGUUAAAUUUCUAAUGGUUUUUACUUUGGAUUUGUUUUGUAGUCUACUUAUAGGAUGUAUUAGUAGCACGAUUGAUGGAUCAUGAUUGAAAAUUUCAUCUCUUUGAAACUGUUUGCUAGUUCAGUUUUUUCAUCUUUAAUGAAAUUAGUUGAUUUCUUUGCUGUUUGCAUAUCUCCCUGCUCUGUAUCUGGAAAGAGAACUUACUUCUUUUAUCGUAUUUUCCCUUUUCUUUUCUUUUUUAUUUCUUAUUUGACCUGGAGUUUCACUAGGAGUUUCAGAAAAUAACCCCUUUCCUUUUUCUUUUUUUUUGCUUUAAAGGAGCAUAGUAGUUUUCUGUUUCAAUAUUGGUGUUUAAUGGCAGUUUUAGGGUUUUACCAAGGUUCAUUAGUUCGUUUAGGGUUUACGUCCAGUCCUCUUAUUCUUUUUCUCUUUCCAUUUAAACCCCUCGUUUUGAAACCCUGGUUUCAUUCUUUUUCUCUUUCCAUUUAAACCCUGGUUUCAUUCUUUUUCUUUUUCCAUUUAAACCCUGGUUUCAUUCUUUUUCUCUUGCCACUUAAACCCUGGUUUUGAAAUCAUGUUUUGAAACCAGGGUGGCGUUUAAACCCUGGUUUUGAAACCAUGUUUUGAAACCAGGGUGGCGUGUUUGAAUCUAUGGCAUUGAGGUUGGAGGUUGGACCUAGGGUUUGCCUUCAGGGCAGGGUGGGUUAAAUGUUCGACGAUUUUCUACGAGCUUAGCUCUAAGUAAACGAAUUGGGAUUUCUCCCCUGGGUUUUCUACUAGCUUAGCUCUUGAGUAAACGAAUUGGGAUUUCUCCCUUGAGUUUUCUACUAGCUUAUCUCUUAAGUAAACGAUUUAAGUUGGGAUUUCUCCCCUGGGUUUUCUACUCGCUUUUCUCUUAAGUAAACAUUAGGAAGAGAGUGAGGUAGCUUUUAAGUUGACGAAUAGGAAGAGAGUGAGGUUUCCUCUAUGGACUUGAGGUUGGACUUACGGCUUGUGCUCAGGGCGGGGUGGGUUAAAUUUUCGACAAUUUUAAAAAGCUUGGGUUUUCGACUUGAACUCGUAAGUAAACGAAUAGAAAAAUAGAGAAAGUUAAAGAGGAAACCUCUUAAGGUUGGAUUUAGGGUGAGGUUUUCUCUAAGGCGUUAAGGUGGGACUUUGACUUAGGGUUUGUGCUCAGGGCAGUUCUCUUCUUAUCCCUAGUAUGGUCUUCUAAAAUUUAUAUAUAUAGAUAUAUAUAUUUUUGGGGAAGAGGGAUGCUGGGGUUUAGGGUUUCCGGUGAUGCACCCAAGCACGCAACCUCAUGCAUUGAGGUGGUAUGGGUCGUGCAUGGGGAAAAUCUAUGCCAAUAGCUAGGCACACCCAUGCAGUAUGUUCAGUGGUCACCGAGGUGUGAGCAUAGGCACGGCGUCGUGAGUGCCUACCGGUAGCAUGAGCUGGGCACACCUGUUCGAUGAGCUUUCAUGCUGUUUUAGUUCCGUGUCUUUCGUAUCGUCUGGGUUUUGUAAUGCCGUUCUAGUUGUGGUUUCUCGCGCGUACCGACUUCUUCUAGUGUUGGCCUUGAUUCGAGUGUUGCCCAGCUCUGGUGGGUCAUGGACGUUUUACGGAUCUUGCGGCUUGAUUUUUUGGCCUCUACCCGUGAGAUGAAUGUCGCUCAGUGAGAAGGAAGACGAGGAGCCGUCGCCAUGGCUGCAACUCUGUAGCCGAGACCCUCGCUCGGUGGAAGGCGCUUAACAGUCAUCCAGAAGGUUCCAAAGAUGCCCCCAAAUGGGUCAGAAAGGUUCCAGCCAAAGGUUCGAAGAAGGGCUGUAUGAGGGGCAAAGGUGGGCCUGAAAACUCUCGAUGUAAUUAUCGUGGUGUACGGCAACGAACAUGGGGCAAAUGGGUUGCUGAAAUUCGUGAGCCAAAUCGAGGAAACCGCCUAUGGCUUGGUACUUUUCCCACUGCCUUAGCUGCUGCGUUAGCCUAUGACGAGGCAGCUCGAGCCAUGUAUGGCUCUUGUGCUCGCCUCAAUUUGCCUGAUACUACUGAAUCAUCAUUAACCUCAUCCAUUUCUCACUCCAAUUCGGCUGAGGUCUCUAGCCAUCAGAUCCACCUAGACCAACAUUCAGAUAGGGGAAAAACUGGAAUCGAGGGUGACUUUGAUAACAGAGGUUCACACGCUCUCUCCAACACAGCUGAAGUCUCAAGCCAUCAUAAUGCAACCCAUUCCUCCAACCCGGCUGAAGUCUCAAGCCAUCAUGAUGCUACCCAUCCCUAUCCUUCUUUGGACGGGGACAAAAUUAAAAUCAAGAGCGAAUAUGAGAACAUUAGUUUUGCGUGUCGACCUAUCUCAAGCCAUCAUACCUGCUUGGAGCCAUCAGAUGGGGGCAAAAUUGGAAUCGAGCGGGAAUUCGAGAAUAUGGGUUUCAAAAGGGAUGAGAUCGUCAGUAAUGGGCCGGGUGUAAAAUUGGAAGCAGCUGAAGAGAAUUUGCAUCAACGGCCAGAAGUGUUCCAAGUGGACGACAUGUUUGAUGUGCAAGAGUUGUUGGGGAUGAUGGAUGAGGAAGAGGCAGGAUCACCUAGUGGAGCCCAUGUGGAGCGCGACUGCUUGGCAAGCCCUUCUGCACUUUCCUUUCAGUUGAAUAAUCCAGAUGCGAAGCUCCUCGGGAGCUUGUAUCAUAUGGAUCAACUUGGUACUCCAUACCAUAUGGAGCAGGGACCAGCUCUUGAUUAUUUGGGUAUGCAGGAUUAUGGGUUUUCUAAGGCUUUUGAGGAGCAGGCUGAGGACAUGAAUUUUCCAGAUUUGUGCUUCUGAUGUGGGGGGUUAGAGAGAGCUGAGAGGAAUUUAGUAGGUCUCGGCUGCUUGGGGCUCUGGUUUGUGCAUCAUAGUGAAGAGUGAGGCUUCCCUCAAUUCCAUCUCUAAUUUGCAGUUGAAGAAUCAGGAUUGAAGUGAAGAGAUGGGGGUUUGGUUUGAGAAAGAGAAUGGGGGUUCAAUUAGUUAAUUCUUUGGGAUUAAUGCGUUUGAAUAGAAGUGGUUUUGUCAAAUAUGCAUUAAGAGUUGCUGCAAUCUUUCAACAAUGUUCACUUUUGGCGGGUGCCUUCCUGCCUGCCCUGGCUGGGGGUUUUGUGCUUGGCCCCUUUUUCCAGUGGGGGCCAUGCCUUGUCAAAUGGCUCCCUUCUUUUUUAAACAAAUUCUGUAACUACAAUGGUUUUCUCUUUACUUGGGUUGAGCACCCCCCUAUUCUUUGGUAUGAUGUGGAUAAUAAUGGACAUGAAUCAUUAUAGUGAACAUUUGUUAUACUUGAGAUCUCCGGGAUCUUAUGAUGUUUGAUAUUGCACAAUGUACAUUUACAUGCUGUGAAUAGUAGAAAUGCAUUCUCUCUGUG